AUGAAACUCUCCAUUCUAUUUUCGAUAUUAACAUUGAAAAGCGUUUUUGCAACAAGAUUUAUUAUCCAAUUGACCAAUGAAGUUGAAUUACAUAAAUAUACAAAUAAAUUUUUAAGAGAAUUUGGAAUUAAUUCAGAUGAAGCACAGGUAGAAUUGUAUUCUGUGGGAAAAAAUUUUCAAGCAUUUUCUGCAAUAUUAGAACAAGACCAUUUAAGGUCGUUAUAUAAUGACUUGAAUAUUGCGGCAAUUUCUAUUGAUAGACAACUUGAACCACAAGAAAUGAUAGUACAGAAGGAUGCUCCAAGGCAUUUGACAAAAUUGUUAGAAACAGAGGCUGGGGAUAAUGAAUUUGUUUAUGAUUCGACAGCUGGGAACGGUGUUGAUAUUUAUAUUUUCGAUACAGGUAUCGCAAGAAAUUCUCCAGGAUUAUCAGCUUCAAGAAUUCAUGAUAUGCCAGGGAUGCCUGGCCCUCCAAUUAGAGAUCAAGAGAUAUUAGAGCAUGGGACAGCAAUGUCUGGUUUGAUAGGCUCACCAGCUUUUGGUGUCUUAAAGAAAUGUAAUCUAAUAGAUGUAAAUGUAGGAGAUGAGAAUGGUAAAGUUUUUAUGUCAAAAGUAUUGAAAGGGUUAAAUUUGGUUCAACAACAUGUUAAACAUACAAACAGGCCAUCUGUUAUUAAUUUUUCUUAUUGCACUUUAAAAAAUGCUAUUUUAAAUUCAGCAUUCGAUAAUUUCCCAAGAGAUGUUCCAAUUGCUGUUGCAGCAGGUAAUUAUAAACAACCUGGAUGUAGCUUCAGUCCUGUAGGUUGUCAAAGAAAUAAGUCAUUAUUGGCAUUUGGUUCACUAUUAAUGAAUGAUGAUGGAAUUACCCUCUCGGACUUCAGUAAUUAUGGUUCUUGUGUAGGUUCAUACGCUCCUGGAGAAGGAUUAUUAACCUUUGGAAUUCCUGACACAUCAAGACCAAAUUCACGUGACACAGUUAUCAUAAUCAGUGGUACUUCAGGUUCAAGUGCAUUAGGUGCAGGUGUAAUUGGUUAUUAUAUGGCCCAGGGAAUUCCAGGGGAAGAGGUAGUUGACAGUUUACGUAUAGUUCAGCCUAACCUAACAUCCUACGGUAAGAACAAUGGAAUCAACAUUCUAAAGAUGGCAUGA